AUGAACACGAUCAAAACACUCAGCACCCUUGCACUCAUAUUACUUGUACGUAGCGUACUGAGCAAAAUUUUGAAUAUUGAAUAUCUUUGCAACUUCAUAGGAGACAAGUUUAUUCCGGAGGUAUUUAAAGGAGAAGAGCCAGUAGCUGUAAACAAGGCCAUGAAAACAAUAUUUUCGCUUUCUAAAAAUAAUUUACUGAAUCAAGAAUACGCGAUUAGCCCAGAGGUCUACGAUAAGAUUAUGGACACCAUUCUACAAGUCUCCAAUUUCAAUCCAUCAGAUGUUUACAAGAAGGUACAGGAUCUGAAAAUCUUGCCAUAUGAUACCGAGCUAAGAGCCUUUGGAGAUCAGACCAAGUCUGUUGUUUUCUUUUGUGGAUAUACAGGACAUGCAAUGUUGUGUGAAAUUUUCAAGGUCGCCUCUCCUGAUCCCAAACAUGAGCAUUUAUGGAAGGUCCUCAUUUACAACACUGGCGGUGGAUUAAAGCAUCACCCAUGGUACCAUGUUGGUCCAACGAUAAAAUUUUCACCAGUGGUCGUAUAUGAAGGUCCUCCAUUUCUUAUCAAUGAAAACUGGAUUGAGGCUGCAUUGAAUUUUGGCGAGUAUAAAAAGGUUAUCACGAACUUCUAUCCCAGACUUUUCGGCGAUUUUGAUCGAUCCAAUGAAAUUUAUGACGUUUUUAUUGAUCCACAAAGGGGAGGAACAUGUGCUUUUUCAUCUUAUCACGCAUAUUUUAUCUUUAAGCUUAAAAGGAAAAACUAUAAUGAGAUCUUUGCAAUUGCAUCUUUAAUUGCGCUGCAGCAUUUUGUAUCUCAAAAAGAUCCUGAUUUUGUUUCAGAAGAAUAUCGCACAAAGUAUGCCUUUUCUUCUAAAUCGAAGCUAAGGCAAUCAAGUGAAAGCCAAGAAGACGCCGAAAACUUUAUCUACAAAGCAUUAUUAUCUGAUAAAAAUGUUUUAAAUGAAAUCGAAAGGUUUCACUUUUUAAGAUGGAAUUUUGAUUUGGUUGAUACGAUGUUCAAAUAUCUCGUUGAAAUUGGCAAUUGCAUUUCAUGA